AUGUCUAGUCAGCGUCUUGUCCUAGGCCUCCCACGUGUCUUGCCGGCGCUGCCGCCUUCGCCUGCGCCGCCGUGUCGUCCCUGCGUCGAGGGUAGGCUGCGCGCCACCCCUCACUCCUCCUCCCUUCGUCCGGCCACCGAGCCUUUUGAGACGCUUCACUUGGACGUCUGGGGCCCAGCCCCUCGUCUAGGCCCUGAGCGUGAGCGUUACUUUCUGGUGGUAGUUGACGACUUCUCCCGCUACACCACAGUGUUCCCUCUGGCGAAGAAGUCUGAGGUGACUUCUACGCUGAUCAGGUGGUUGCUCACCACUGAGGACACUCGUGGUCGUCGUGUCAGCUGUCUCCACUCCGACCGUGGGGGUGAGUUUCGCUCCGGCAUUCUCGCUGGAUUCUGUCGCGAGCAGGGCAUUCGUCAGUCCUGGACGCUUCCAGAGUCCCCACAGCAGAAUGGGGUUGCUGAGCGCCGCAUAGGCCUGGUCAUGGAGAUCGCCCGCACCUCCCUGACUCACGCCUGUGCCCCCCAUUUUCUGUGGCCCUACGCGGUCAGGUACGCCGCGCACCAGCUGAACCUCUGGCCACGUGUCUCUCGACCAGAGGUUUCACCGACCAGUCUUUGGACAGGGUCCCCUGGUGUUGCGUCGCGGUUUCGUGUCUGGGGGUGCUUGGCUCUUGUCCGCGACACCUCCGCGGACAAGCUCUCGCCUCGUGCCGUCCCCUGUGUCUUCCUUGGUUUCCCUGAGGACUCCUCUGACUUCACCUUUUACCACCCUCCCUCUCACCGGUUCUUUGACUCCCGUGACGUCCGUUUCGAGGAGUCCACUCCGUACUACGUCAGGUACCCCAGUCGAGGUCUCCUGGUUCCUCCUCCCCCCCUCUUCCUGACUGCCGUUCCCCCUCCUGCUCCCCCGGUACAGCCUCCCCCCCCUGGUCCAGCCCCGUCAGGUGUGUCCCAGGCUACCCCUCCUCCUUCGGUAGCCCCUCCGGUACAGCCUCCCUCCCCACAGUCCUCCUCGCAGCGUGCCGCUGGUGCUAGCUCUCGAGAGGUUGGUGCGGCGCCUGUUCCUGUACCGGUUUCUGGUUCUGGGGGUGCUGGAGUUGGAGCUGGAGUUGGAGCUGGAGUUGGCACUGGAGUUUCUGGUUCUGGGGGUACUGGAGUUGGAGCUGGGGUUGGAGCUGGAGUUUCUGGUUCUGGAGUUGGAGCUGACCCGGUGGGUGCAGAGGACUCUUGUCGUCCGGGAGCUGGUGCUGGCCGCGCGGACACUGGGGGUGCUGCGUCUGGGGGUGAGGGUGCGCCUCCUUCGGGUUCAGGUGAGCCUGGUUCUGGAGCUGGUGUUAGUGCUGCCUCUGGGGGUGGUGCGCCUAGUUCUUCUGAGGUGGACUCUGGAGCUGCCGCUGCUUCGGACACUACUCCACCCCCCCACCCCUACCCGACUAGGCACCAGGCUCGUGUUCGCCGUGCCCGUGGCGAGCAGCUGGCGUUGGAGAGAGAGGAGAGGGAGUUACAGCGGCUGGAGGAGCAGCAGCAGCAGCUGGAGCCGCAGGAGCAGCAGCAGCAGCAGCAGCAGCUGGACCCGCAGGAGCAGCAGUCCAAGCAGCAGCCGCGUCCGCAGCAGCAGCAGUCGCAGCCGCAGCAGCAGCAGCCACUUCCUCCUCCUGUCUCGGGUCUUCGGAUCCUUGGUCUCCCCUCCCCUUCUCCUCCCUCCUCCGCCUCUCCUCCUGUCUACGGUCCCACGUUUCCUCCUCCUGACUCCUCCCCCGCUGUUUUCCCCAGUUCUCCGCCUUUGUCCUCUCCUCCUCCGUCUCGUUCUUGGGCUACUCGUCGCUCCCCUCGUGCUCGUCCCUCGUCUCCUGUUCCCUUCACUGACCUUCGUACUGCCUUCCUUCUUUCUAGUCCACCUCGUCCGUCUCAGUCUGUGCUUCCGUCUCCUCCUGAGUCGGCCCUCACUGUGUCGCUCCCUACUCCUGUCACUGACUACUACCGCACGUACCGUCCUGUUCUCUCUCGUGUUCUCGCCUCUCUUGUUACUCACCCUCGUGCCUCUGUGUCCUCUGUGUCCGCUCUUACUGCCGCAGUUACUGACUUUGCCUCUACCCGCCGCCUUGACUACGCCACCACGCUUGUGGCUGCUCCUCCUACCAGUCCUCUGGCCGUCGGGGGUGUGUCUGCCCUUGGCUGUGACGCCCUAGAGGACAGGCAGUUUGAGCUAGAGUUCAUGGCGGCCGCUUCCCCUCAUCUCUGUGCCAUGCUCCUCGCCCCUGAGGGUGACCCCGACGCCCUUGACAUUCCGACUCCUCGCACUUACGCUGAGGCAGUGUCAGGGCCUUGGGCCUCUCAGUGGAGAGCUGCCAUGGACGCAGAGAUGGCCUCCUACAGAUCCACAGGCACCUACGUCGAUGAGGUUCCCCCCCCUGGGGCGAACGUAGUCGACGGCAUGUGGAUCUACAGGGUGAAGCGGCCACCGGGAUCUCCCCCGGUCUUCAAGGCGCGCUACGUGGCUAGAGGUUUCAGUCAGCGCGAGGGAGUUGACUUCUUUCAGACCUUCGCACCUACCCCGAAGAUGACCACUCUUCGGGUGUUACUACACGUAGCAGCACAGAGAGACUACGAGUUACACUCUCUCGACUUCUCCACUGCUUUCCUUCAGGGCAGCCUACACGAGGAGGUCUGGUUGCGUCGUCCCUCGGCCUUCACUGGCACCUUCCCUCCUGGGACCCAGUGGAGGCUGAGGCGACCUGUUUACGGUCUUCGCCAGGCCCCUCGUGAGUGGCACGACACUCUGCGUUCUACCCUCUCUGACCUUGGGUUCCAGCCGUCUUCUGCCGACCCGUCGCUGUUCGUUCGUCGUGGCUCCACACCGUUCUUUGUUCUGGUCUACGUCGACGACCUCGUUUUCGCCACUUCGGACAGGGUUGCUUUGGCAGACGUGAAGUCCGAACUGCAGAAGAGACACACGUGCACUGAUCUUGGUGAGCUGCGCCACUACCUUGGCCUGCAGAUCACCAGGGACAGAGCCGCUCGCACCAUUACACUCUCACAGUCACACAUGGUGCAGCAGGUCCUUCAGCGGUUCGGGCUUCAGCACUCCACCGUACAGCGCACACCUCUAGCUGUUGACCACAGACUCACUGGUCCCUUUCCUGACGAGCCGUUUGAGCCUAGUGGUCCCUACGCAGAGCUUGUGGGUUGCCUCAUGUACCUGAUGACUUGUACUCGCCCGGACCUCGCCUUCCCUCUCAGCAUCCUUGCGCGCUUUGUUGCGCCAGGGAGACACCGUCCUGUUCACUGGACGGCAGCUUCUGGGUUCUGGAGCUGUUUCCUGGCGUUCCACGCGCUCCUCUUCUGUCUCGACCUCUACAGCUGA